AUGAAGGAGGACCUGCAGCACCUCCACCUGCAGUAUCCAGGCAUGAAGUUCAUCUUCUCUGGCAUCACCCAGAGACGCAGGUGGAAGGCUCGCAGCCCCCAGCCUCCAGGCUCCAGCACCCAGGCUCCAGCACCCAGCCCACAGCCUCCAGUCCCCAGCCUGCAGCCUCCAGCCCCCAGCCUCCAGCCCCCAGCCUCCAGCCCGCAGCCUCCAGCCCCCAGCCUGCAGCCUCCAGCCCCCAGCCCACAGCCCCCAGGCUCCAGCCCACAGCCCCCAGCCUCCAGCCCACAGCCUGCAGCCCCCAGCCUCCAGCCCGCAGCCUCCAGCCCGCAGCCUCCAGCCCCCAGCCUGCAGCCUCCAGCCUCCAGCCCCCAGCCUCCAGCCCACAGCCCGCAGCCCGAGCCUGCCUCCCCCGCCUCCAGCCCCCAGCCCCAGCCUCCAGCCCCCAGCCUCCAGCCCCCAGCCCACAGCCUCCAGUCCCCAGCCUGCAGCCUCCAGCCCCAGCCUCCGCCCCAGCCCGCGCCCCAGCCUCCAGCCCCCAGCCUGCAGCCUCCAGCCCCCAGCCUCCAGCCCGCAGCCUCCAGCCCCAGCCUCCAGCCUCCAGCCUCCAGCCCCCAGCCCCCAGCCCCCAGCCCACAGCCCGCAGCCUCCAGCCCACAGCCUGCAGCCUCCAGCCCCCAGCCCCCAGCCUCCAGCCUCCAGCCUCCAAGUCGUGUAAAGGACAUUGAUUACUGGAUAGAGAGCUGA